UUGAAGGGAAACCUGUCCUCAAAAAUCCACUCAAACAGACACAAUACGGUCGUUUCCCCACUGAACGAAAACAGGGAUGGCAAACAACCACAGAUAAACAGAAGAUGCAGUAUGCUGUGGAAGAUGCUGCUUACCUGAGCUGAAUAAAGGACCAGAUUCUCGCCUAUGUGCUGUGUUUUGGUGGGCUGUGUGGCCUCCUGGUCUCCACCUGCAUGACGGACUGGAAGAGCAGUGAGCACGGGAACGGGGAGACCACCACAUCGGUAGAUAGCGAGGGGCUGUGGAUGAGAUGCAGCUCGGGCUCCGGGACACAGAUCACCUGCACACCCUUCCCCUCCAUCCUGAAUCUGCCCACAAAGAUCAAGGUCUGCAGAGGACUGAUGAUCACCAGCAUUAUCCUUUGUUGCCUCGCUGCACUGCUCACCAUACCAGGCCUCAAAUGCACCAAGUGUCUGGACGAGAGCGAGCAGCUGAAGAGCAAAACUGCCAUAACAGGAGGAGUCCUGUUCAUUCUUGGUGGUCUGUGUGCCUUAGGAUUAAUCUCUUGGUUCGCUUACAAUGUUGCUGCAGAAUUUAAAUCCACCACCACUGGUCUGAUCAGGUACACAUUUGGAGACGCUCUCUAUGUUGGAGGAGCUGCAGCUUUGGUCUCCAUCAUUGGAGGUGCUCUCAUGUGCAUUAGCAGCAAACCUGGGAAGCAUUUCAGGUCACAUGUGGAAAAGCCUUCCCAGAAGUCCCAGAAUCAGGCCACAGCAUACGUAUAAAGACCUGCGGCUGCAUUGUCUAGGACAGUUCCUGAAGAGAAAGGCCCUGUCCACAUUUAUUAAAGUUAAAAAAAAACAGAAGAGUUUUUACACUGCAUUUUGGCAUCCGGUACUUUUUUGAAAUUGUCUUCGUAAUGUGUGCAACAGGUGGUUUUGCUUUGUCUUGUUGAAAUAUGCAUGGAUAUCCCUGCAGAAUUUGUUACUUUCAGAUCCAAAUAUCCUUUUCUGCUUGAUUUCAUAUUUCGACAUAUGAACAAAUUUAAAUACAUUGUUCAGUUACAAAUAUUUUGUGCAAUAUUUACAUUUAAAAUCCGUAAUUUUGUGAUGUAGGUAUGGUAGGUACUGUUGCCUAAAACAGGGCUAGCGUUUUCAUGAACAUUAAAUGAACAUGUGUGGCUCUGAGUGGUCCAGUGGAUUAAGGCACUGUCACUAUGAUCAGGAGAUCGCUGGUCCGAAUCCUGAUUAUGCAGCUAACUAUCAGCUGCCAGAGCCCUGAGAGCACAAUUGUCAUUGCCCUCUUUGGGUGGGUAGAUGUCUCUCUCUCCCUCCCCACAUCACUACUAAGGGUGUUGUCAGUCAGCACAAGGCGUCUGUGAGCUGAUGUAUUGGAACUUUUCCUCGGAGCACGCUGGCUUCACAUGUAUUGGAAAAGGCAUGUGCUAGUCUUCACCAUUCGGGUGUUGUGGCAUUAGAAGUGAUGUGGGGAGUACAGCUGAGUAGUUGAAUGAGUGGGAUAGCUAAAUUGGGGGAAAAAAAAUAAUAUGUGAACAGGGCCAAAACCUACCAGCGAAGAUAGUGAACACACUGUGAAGUCAUGUCAUUGUACAUAUGAUUAUAUCAGUUUUACAUUGCUGCCUGCGGUAAGAGUUAUGUUUUGCUGCACUGAUUUAGAUUGUUUGUAGAUUGUAUAAAUGCAAACAAACAGAAAUGAAUGGUUCUUUUAUUUAAUAUGUGUUUUUGUUAUAUAUAAAAUGACCUGUUCUGUAAUACAGUUGGUUUUUGGUGUAUAAUGUGAAUUUCUAACAUGUUUACUUAAUAAAUAAACUUAUUUUUUGUUCA